GAGAUCACCCAUACUUCCGUCCACGUGUCUACCUUUGAGUAGGCAAACUGGCACUUUGCCCAAUCUUCCCCUCUCCACUUUUCUUCCCCUUCCUCACUUCAUUUUUUGUUAACGUUCAAUGGCUAUUAAGUCUUUGAUUGUUCCUUCAGCUUCAGCAACUAGAUCACCACCUACACAUCGCUUUCGACAUCCCACGAACUCUCCUUCAUUUCCUCAACAAUCACAGUCUUUGUCUUUCAAGCCUCUUAAAAAUUUGAACAGUGUGUUGCUAAUCAGCCGCUACACUCUUGUUUCUCUUCGUCUUAACCGCCGUCUGCAUCUACCUCCAGCUCUUGACUCCGACGUCCCUCAUCCUCUUCACCAGGAGUCGGCGAAUUUAAGUACCAAUAAGAGCUUUGAGGAAUGGAAUUCGUGGACAGCCAAGUUCUCUGGAGCAGCGAACAUCCCAUUUACGGUGAUCCAAAUGCCUCAGAUAAUCCUUAAUGCUCGGAAUCUUUUAACAGGAGACAAAACUGCCCUUUUGGCAGUUCCAUGGCUGGGCAUGCUUACUGGUUUGCUUGGGAAUCUUUCACUUCUCUCUUAUUUUGUAAAGAAAAGGGAGAAAGAGGCUAUUUUGGUCCAAACAUUGGGCGUUGUUUCAAUAUAUGUGGUCAUUGCGCAGCUUGCAAUUGGAGAAGCAAUGCCUCUGCCACACUUUGUGAUUACUUCAUUUGUUGUGGCCAGUGGUCUUGUUUUAAACUUCCUUAAUUACUUCAGUAUGCUGAAUGUUGAAAUCUGGCGAUUCUGGGAAGAUUUUAUUACCGUUGGAGGAGUAACUGUCCUUCCUCAAGUGAUGUGGUCUACAUUUCUCCCAUAUGUACCUAACAGUAUUAUUCCAGGGGUGAUAGCUUUUGCUGUAGGCUUGGCAGCUGUUGGUAUGGCAAGAAUGGGCAAACUUACAGAGAAAGGCAUCAAAGUGGUUGGAGCACUAUCUGGAUGGACGGCAACCCUUCUCUUCAUGUGGAUGCCUGUUUCACAGAUGUGGACGAAUUUCCUGUAUCCUGAUAACAUCAAAGGCUUGUCAGCCUUCUCAAUGUUGCUUGGUAUGAUCGGAAAUGCACUUAUGAUCCCACGUGCACUCUUUAUUCGUGAUUUGAUGUGGUUCACUGGUGCAACUUGGGCAGCCCUAUUUUAUGGGUAUGGGAAUAUUGCCUGUCUGUACUGCUUCAAUGUUAUCAGCAGGGAAUUCUUUUUGGCAGCUACAGCUGGUUUAUUUUCAUGGAUAGGUAUGGCUUUGUGGAAAGACACUGUUGUAUACGGAUACAACUCACCUAUGACAUGUUUGAAAGAGUUGGUUUUUGGACGUUAAAGUUGAAGCACAAAAGAACAAGUGAUCCUAAGCCACGGAAUAUAGAAAUUAUUUGUAUCCUUUCAGAAGUCAGUUGUUGAGCAAACAUGGAGGAGGUCAAAUAUGGUCAUCAAUUUUUAUUUUUAUUUUUUAAUCAAAGACAAACUUAAAAUAAUAAUGUUGUAAGUGGUAAAGGUAAUAACAUAAGGCGGGGCAGGGACUGUAGCUUUAUACUAUUUUGUCUGGUGUCUUAUAGUGGUUACACAGCAGCCCAUGAAUAAUAGCUUCGUUUAUGUUAUAAAAUUGUCUCAUUCUGGUGAGUCCA